UAAAAGUCGGGGAAAGGUCCAUUUAUUUAUUCUCGUGUAUAACGAUACCUACAAUCUGUUUAUCCCCCGAAUUAUUUGUGAAGUUAGGGAUAAGGGGCAUCAUUAUUAGAAUGUCGCCCCAGGCAGCAAAAAAGUUUGGCUCGCCCUUGUGUGCAAACCCUUUGCUUGUUUUGUCGAUCACCCGAUAGUUGACCUGGAAUAACUUUUGUUACGUAAAUGUUCUGGGAAGAAAAUAGCAGAGCCCAAAAUCGAAUAGAGUUGCCUGUCCAGUAUUUGCACGAUCGCUGUCUGUUCCAGCGGCAAACUGAUAAACGGAGCGCAGGAUAUUAAAUGGUGAAUUGCUGUAUGUUGUAAUCUUUCAAACAGUAAAAGCAAAACUAAACAACAAUCAUUUAUAAAUCUAGCCAUGAGGAGUCGAAGUAACUCUGGAGUGAAGCUUGAUAAUUAUGCUCGACUUAUUCAGAAGACGAUAUUGAAAUUUCAGGAUCCAGUCACUGGUCUAUUUCCAGCUGGGAAAGAUGAACCACAUGCAUGGGUUCGUGAUAAUCUAUAUUGCAUACAGUCAGUAUGGGGUUUAUCUCUUGCGUACAAGAAACAUGCUGAUUUAGAUGAAGACAAAGCCAAAGCAUAUGAACUUGGACAGAGUGUUGUAAAAUGUAUGAGAUCUUUACUCAACUGUAUGAUGAGACAAGUUGACAAAUUGGAAAGAUUUAAGACUACUCAAUCAACCAAUGAUGCUCUCCAUGCAAAAUACAAUCGACAUAAUUGUAAUACAGUAGUUGGAGAUAAGGACUGGGGGCAUUUGCAACUCGAUGCAGUGGGACUCUAUUUGCUUAUGCUAUCUCAAAUGACAGCUUCAGGAAUGUCAAUAAUAUACAGCUUGGAUGAAGUCUCGUUUGUGCAAAAUUUGGUGUUCUAUAUCGAGUCUGCGUACCGGACACCUGAUUACGGUAUAUGGGAAAGAGGUGACAAAACGAAUCAUGGUGUUCCAGAACUAAAUGCAAGUUCCGUCGGCAUGUGUAAGGCAGCACUGGAGGCAAUUGAUGAACUUGAUUUAUUUGGAGGAAGAGGAGGACCUCAGUCUGUUAUUCAUGUAACACAAGAUGAAAAAGCGCAAAAUCUUGCCAUUUUAUACAGUAUGUUACCCAGAGAAUCCAAUUCUAAGGAAGUUGAUGCAAGUCUUCUUAGUGUGAUUGGAUAUCCUGCAUUUGCUGUUUCUGAUGAAAAUUUAGUUAAGCUGACGAGAGAGACUGUUGUUAAAAAGUUACAGGGUAAUUAUGGUUGUUGUAGAUUUCUGAGAGAUGGUUAUAAAACUGCACUUGAAGAUCCAAACCGUCUACAUUAUGAGCUUGCAGAACUAAAGGUAUUUGAAGAUAUUGAAUGUGAAUGGCCAUUAUUUUGGACAUAUUUAAUAUUAGACGGAAUAUUUUUUAACAAUCAACAACAAGUUAUAGAAUACAGAGAAGCAUUAGAAGAAAUAUUAGUCAUCGAUGACGGAGUGAAAGUUAUUCCUGAAUUAUAUACAGUUCCUGCUGAUUUGGUGGAAUUAGAAAAGAGUGAUCCUCAUAGUCAAAUACGAGUUCCCAUGGGUAAGAUUCCUCAUUUGUGGGGACACUCACUCUAUAUACUCGGGGAACUGCUCUGGGAUGGGUUCCUUGUACCUGGGGAAAUUGAUCCUCUCAACAGAAGAUUUGUUAUUUCUCCAAAACCAGAUCUCGUGGUUCAAGGUAUUUUAUUGUCUGAAAAUAAAGAUAUUCAACAAAAACUUCUGAUGCAUAAUAUUGAAACUGAAACCAUGGAUGAGAUUGCACCAAUCAGAAUACAACCCGCAAAAGCAUUAUCAAUAAUCUAUUCUCAACUUGGUAAAAAUGCAAAGUUGAAAGUAUCAGGUCGACCUACAAAUAGGAUUGGAGUCCUUGGCACAAGUAAACUAUAUGUCAUCAGGGGAAACACCUUUAUAUUCACUCCUCAAUUUUUAGAUCAAGAAGAUUUCUACAUGUCUUUAGAUACAGAUAUGUCUAUUGAUAUGUUGAUGACAGAACUGCAAUAUUUAUCUAAUCAUUGGACCAUGCCAGGACGACCAACAAUUACUAUUCCCAUAACUUCUCGGAAUAUAGAUCAAACUGGUGAAAAUAUAAGUCCUCACUUGAUAUCAACAAUAAAGAAAAUAUCAAAUGGAUAUUUAAAUGGAGUCAGAGUUGUUAUGGGAAGAAUUGAGUCGAUGCUCAGCACAUCAUGUAUUACCGAACUCAAUUUUUUAAAUGUCGGUAAUUUACAAGGUGAUGAGUUUUCACAAUACCUUGAUUCACUAUUAAAACCGUCCGUCCCAAGAAUGAGAAAACUGGAUACUGCCUCCUCUCAGACAUCAAUAAAUGAAAAGCAAAGAAGACUCUCAAGAAUGAACUCGAAUUUGAGGAGAAAAUCAGCUGAUUUAACGAAAAACUAUCAUUUGACGUUUCAUUUUAAAGGCUGUCUGAUUGACGUGUCCUCACUGCAUGACUUGAAUAUUGUACGACACGGACGCAAAGCUCUGGGGAAACUUGUUGGAAGCCAAAGUGAUUUCACAAGUGCAAAACACAGAAAGUCUUGUUCUGAUUUUGAAACCAGUACUACCAUGUAUAACAAAAGGAGGGGUGGCCAGUAUAUUGGUCAUUCAGAUGAAAGUCUCGGUGGAUCUCAAGAUAUAAAUUCACUUCUGAAACAACUGGUGUCUCCUGAUGCACAGACAGAAGAACAAGCUGAUAUAUUGCAUUAUCUGUAUAUCAAUAAGGGUCCAGAAUGGGAUACAAGAUUAGGAGGGGGUCCUGCUCCCGUCAUUGAAUUAGUCGAAGAAUUGUAUGACAAAGCAGGAAUGGAAUCUAACUGGUUAGUUGUUAGACAGGUCACCGGUCUUUUAAAGAAACGAGUUAACGGACUUUCACAAUCUGUCACUGAUUUAUUAGUUCGUCAGAAGCAACUAACUGUUGGUCUUCCUCCUGAACCAAGAGAGAAAACAAUAACAAGACCUCUACCUCUUGAAGAUCUUCAUAAACUAAUCAUGGAUGCUUUUGGAGAAGACACAGAUAUCGCUGUUUUAACACAGGAAAUCAUAAUGUAUCUUGCUAUGUUCAUCAGAUCAUCACCAGGCUUGUUCAGUGAUUUAUUAAGAUUGAGAGUCGGCCUAAUUAUUCAGGUAAUGGCGAGUGAACUGGCACGACAUCUCAAAUGUUCAGGUGAAGAAGCCUCGAUACAAUUGAUGAGUUUGAGUCCGUAUGAGAUGAAACGUCUCAUUCAUAAUAUACUCAGCGGAAAAGAAUUUGGAAUUACUAAAAGUGAGAGAACACACGCAUCAUCCGCUGAUAUAUCAGUGAAAACAACAGAAGUUUCAUUUAAAGCUGAUAAGAAUCGAUUUGCAAACUUGAAGCAAAAAUUAAAGAGUCGUGAUUUGACAAGAACAAUAUCUCGACCUCUUUCCAUUGACUCAAGUAGUAGUUCAAGCAGCACUACAACUCCACUCAGUCCCACCAUUGCCAUGAAGCAACUUAUCAUCCCCAAUAUUUUCACUCAAUGCAGCGAUCAAGAAUAUUCAGCUCUCGCUGAUGAACCUAGUGAGUAUUCUGGUGAAAAGAGAGGACAAUGGAUCAGAAGGAGACGUAUUGAUGGAGCAUUGAAUAGAGUUCCUCAUAAAUUUUAUUGUCAUAUUUGGAGAUUGUUGGAAAAAUGUUACGGACUAAUGAUUGGUGUUCACUAUGUUCCAGGCUAUGUCACGAAAGAGAUGACGGAAGGAGAACUAAAGUUCGCUCUUUUAGUUGAAAAUGUGUUAAAUCAUAUCCCUCAACCUGAAUAUAGACAACUUAUUGUUGAAACCAUGGUCAUAUUAUCACUGAUUGCCAACGCUCAAGGAUUACCAUUUCUUAACGACAAUAUAAGAGUUGAUCAGAUAUUGAUCAAAGCGAGUGAUUUAUUCUACGAUGACAUGGUGAAACAAAGCGCACCUCCAAGCAUGCUUGUAAGAGACACUGCUUCAGGAAUUUGUACCGAAUUCUAUGAUUGUGCUCCGAGCGGAACUUAUGGUACAAUGAGUUAUUUAUCAAAAGCUGUUGCUGAAACAUUUUCGUCGUACUUUCCUAAACAUGUACAGGAUUGCUUUGUUAGUUGAAGCUAUUUUACUAGUCAAUUAGUUUGAAGUGUGAAAAGAUGAUGUUUCAAAAUAUUGGAUUCAAAAAAUAAUAUAACGUAUAUGAAUUGGUACUUUUAAGUACAAAUUUUGGAGCAAUUAUAACAGUCCAGUGAGUUUGUAUUUUUGUAACUUAAAACACUAAAAACAGUGAAAUGGAUGACUAUGAGUCUUGUAUUGACAAUAUUUUUCUCAGCAUCAGCACUUCAAAUUUUAAAUUGUUGCUACACCGAACUUUCUUGUUUUCAAAAUUGUAUUUACGUUUUUUUUGUCAUUACAAAAACAUACCUAAAUUUAUAUAGUCAGAUAGUAAAAUUGAAAUUUGUUAUACAUAUACUACAACUGAACUAACUUUGUACCCACUGCUUGCAUUGUAUUUCUGUAACUAAAAAACACAUUUCUGAACCAUGUUUAUUGAACUUUUGAUCAGUUAUAACUUAUGUAGAGUUAUCAAUUCUAGCAUAUGCUUGGUGCUAUUUUCUCUCUGUAGUAUUUUGCAUGCAUUGUACAUGUUUAUUGUUUCAGUUUUAGACAGCUCAUUUUCAAUAAAUUCAGCUAUAGCAAUUCGCAGAGGACUUUUCAUGUUCUUGUAAACGUGAAGAUAUGUGGAAUUCACUAUCAAUGUGUCUGACUCGCCGCUUGAAUUGUUUCCUAAUGUGUCGUGUCAGCAGUAGAAAAAUGUGUUCAAUACCAAAGUCAUGUUUCAAGCCUUGCGAAUACGUAUAGUCACUUCCUGUUGCUGUUUUAAUCACAGGUAAUAAUAGUUUUCAUAUGCAAAAGUGAAAUAGGUAAAUAUUUGUCAAAUAAACAUUAGGAUUUAAAUUAUCUUUUGUUUAGUUCUUGUGACAUUGACUUGAGAAAAUGUUGAAUCAUUAAACUGUACAUUACCAGUCCCAUGUUGAAAUAAUUAAACAAUGGUAUUGAAUUUCAAAACAAAAAAGCCUGGAAUUUACAAUAAUACUCACAACAUCGCUUUAUUGUCAUGUCAUUUAUGAAUAGAAUGCUAUUGUUACAUUUAACUUUCCGUGAAUUUUGUUGAAUCUGUUUGAAAUUACUUUCUCAUAUUGUAUGGCCACACACUGAUGGAUGAUUGUAUGGCUGAGAUAAGGUUUCAUUAAUUUCUCAUCUCGAAAGAGAUUAUUUAAGAAAUUUUGGUCACACUGUCAAAACCUUAGUUUUAACACCUUUUCAAAUGUUUGCAAUCAUUUUUUAAGCUUUCUUCGUUAUAUCAAAUAAAAAUUGUCAAUGAGUAAAACA